AUGCAAUCUCUCACUAUAACUCAGUACCCAACUUCAAUUUCCCCGCCAAGACUCGAUCUUUACCCGUUAAGACAAACCGCAGCUUCUAAUCUCUCUACUCCGACCUCCGGUAACAACCGUCGCGGGAUGGCGGCGUCUCGCCGUGAGUCUACUUCAUUUAAGUCCCUCGCCGCUCGUGGGACUUCGAUCGCUGAAGAUGAUGAUGAUGGAUACUGUACUCUCUUAGACUUUGCAGGAAAUGGAAGAGAAGGGACAAAUGUAGGAGAUGACCUUGUGGUGUUGCUUUACCACUUACAACAUGCCUGCAAAAGAAUCGCUUCUCUCGUCGCAUCUCCUUACAAUUCUUCACUUGGAAAACUCUCUGUUAACUCCUCUAGUGGCUCAGACCGAGAUGCGCCUAAGCCGCUCGAUAUUGUCACGAAUGAUAUCAUUUUGUCCUCUCUUAGAAACUCAGGGAAAGUAGCAGUAAUGGCCUCUGAAGAAAACGAAACUCCCACUUGGAUAAAAGACGAUGGACCUUACGUUGUGGUUGUAGAUCCUUUAGAUGGAUCUCGGAACAUCGAUGCUUCGAUACCCACGGGGACUAUAUUCGGGAUUUACAACCGCCUCGUUGAGCUUGAUCAUUUACCCGUUGGAGAGAAAGCUGAGCUCAAUUCUCUGCAGAGAGGCAACAGGCUUGUAGCUUCCGGCUACGUUCUCUACUCUUCAGCCACUAUACUCUGCGUUACUCUUGGCUCCGGAACACAUGCCUUCACGCUUGAUCAUUCCACCGGCGAAUUCGUUCUUACCCAUCAAAACAUUAAGAUCCCUACUCGAGGACAAAUCUACUCAGUGAACGAUGCGAGGUACUUCGACUGGCCAGAAGGUUUGAGGAAGUACAUUGAUACGGUGAGACAAGGGAAAGGCGAAAACCCGAAAAAGUACUCGGCGCGUUACAUUUGUUCUCUAGUGGCUGACCUUCACAGGACGUUGUUAUACGGUGGAGUGGCUAUGAAUCCGAGAGACCAUCUCCGUUUAGUCUACGAAGGAAACCCUUUGGCUUUUCUCGUGGAACAAGCUGGUGGUAAAGCCUCUGAUGGAAAGAGAGAGAUACUUUCGAUACAGCCUGUGAAGCUUCACCAGAGAUUGCCUCUGUUUCUUGGGAGCGUAGAGGAUGUGGCUGAGCUUGAGAGCUAUGGAGAUGUGCAGCAGACUGUUAACCCUGGCUACGAAGUUUGA